UAGUGUUGGGUAUUUUUGCCAGAAGCCCUGUAAAGUCCAAUUUAUUGUGCCACGUGUUGGCGUUGUGACAGUGUGCGUGCGUGUGUUGUGCUAACUCUGUGCAUGCUCGUAAGGCAGUCUGCACCGGCUUCCAAUUGUGUGCAAAGUCUUGGGUUGAAACACAUUUCUUGUAUGGGGAAAAACACUCUUGGAAGCACAUUGACAGACUUUCAACCUUUGCGUGCAGAAGCAUUUGCAGGGGGAAAAAAAUACAACACCUGUUCUGCAUUUGGUUUCACUUAAAAUGAUAGACUGGCCUCCGUUAAGGAUGCUUGGUCUGCACCGAAAGCCGUUUUGGGAGUGUGCUUCGUUUUUAAAGUUUUGAAGUGGAAUAAACUAUAGGCUUAAAAGUACUGGACAUUUCACGUAACAGAGGUGACAUUUUCACGUUAAAGCUGCGGUGACCAGCGAAUGCACUUUUAAAAAACAUUUCUCACAUAAAGCGCCAGCCGUAGUAGCUGUGGCAGAGCUUCGUGAGUUUUGUAACCCAAUACCUAGCAGCCCCCUGCGACUACCCCCUCCCUCGCUGCCUUGAAAUUAAACGUGAGUGUUGUUGGAUUAUGGGCCACGCCGAACUUUCUCGAAGCUUGCGCGCAACGUACCCUGAGCAGUCUUCUCCGAAACAAAGCCAGACUUGUUAUUUCAACUUUGCGAAAUCUCGAAUGCACCUGAUGUGCAUUCUUCUUGUGCCAGAUGCACGUUGGAUUGAUUAGCGCACGCGGCGGUGGCGGCAGCUUCCAGACUUUAAAAUAGAACGGGUGCCCGGCGUAUCAUGGAAGCUGUUUGCGCAGAGCGCCGGGGCCGCAGUCACGUGACCGGCUUUCGCUCGCUCUGAUUCACUGUUGCUGUUGGCCCCCGUCUAAUUGCCCUUGCCCAAUCGGGUAGGAAGGAAUGCUGGACACAUUGCCCCCCCCCCCCUUUGCUAUUUCUGCUAUCUGAGAUCGCAGACACUUAGGAACUGCCUCGUCGCUCGGUCGCUCUGCUGCUGCGCUAGAGCUGCCUGCAAGCCCAAUGCGCGGUACGGCGCUCGCGUUUCUGCGACGGAACACGAGCGGUUUGCCUCGAGCGAGCCCCCCCCCCCGCCCUGCGUACACGCGCGUGCGGAAACGGUAGCCGUCUGGAAAACGCCACAUUUCGGCGGACUCGAGUUGCGCGGGGGCGGACCUUGGCGGAUUUUGCGCGUGCGUACCGAUGUGCGCGCGCACGAGUCGCGCGAUAACUUGAAGCCCGUGGAAGUGCGCGAAGAGACCCCGGAUAGCGCGGCGGAAUGGCCGACCGACUUCGUCUGCGCUUCGCGUCUGGACGCAGCCAAACGGACCCCACCCCCAUGGCGCAGCCCAACCUCGCAGGUUGCGGUGAGAUUUUCACGGGGUUGUUCACGAUUCCCAGGCACUGCGGGAGUGUGCUGAUGACGGCCGAUCCGCCCGAGUAUUCGCAGGAGGCCGACCUCUCCCCUUGCUCGACGUCGGAGCCGCCUCACCUGAAGCGAAGCUCGUCCAUGUUCAUUCCUCAGCUGUCCACGACCUGCAGCGAGCCGCGACGCAAGAAGAGCACCUCCAUGCAGAUUUCCCUGCAGUGUCGGUCGAUCGACGAAGAUGGCGCCGCCUCUCCGGACGGCGUUCACGGGAACGCUCCGCUCGUGGCGGACGCUCGAGAGGAGGCGCCUCCGGAUGGAGCGCGUCGCCGCGUCCGGUCCUGCGACACCAAGUUCGGCCGGGCGUCCGUGAACGGCGAACACGUCGCCGCCAAGCCGCACGGCGUCCCCGCGGACGGCUUGAUGUGCGGCGCCAAACAGAAACGAAUUCCCCCGAGCGCCAUUCUCAGCGCGAAUGGGUGUAAACCGCACGUCGAGAGGGCGGCCAGCACCUCUCCCUCGCAAGACCAACAACCAAACGGGACUUCCAUUCCGCAGGACUCUGGCUCCCUUCGCAGAUGCUCGUCCUUGCUCAUCUUUCCCCGGAGCCCAAGCGUUACACCGCCUCCCAGCCCCACGAUGUCGGAGUCGCCGUCGCUGUCCCCGUCGCAGCAGCAGCAGCAGCCGCAGCAGCGGCAGCAGCAGAUCCAGCAGCACCAGGACUCGGAGAGCCUGUCGUUGUUGCCGCGCAGGGUCUUUCACCUGCCGCCCUUUCAGCUGCCUCCGACGCUGAGCCACAUCGUGGAGCACCGGCAGGCCGAAAUGUCUGCAAACGAUGGAGCAGCUUCCGCCGAUGCGCUUGCCGAAGCGAGGGGCGGUUACGUGCGGUCAAAGCGCAGCUCCGUUGGGGGCGACGUGCACCGGAUCAGGGUGCUGCCCAUCCGCUGCCGGCCUAAGCCGGGGGACGCUGCGUCGACGACCUCCUCCUCCUCGUCGGCCACUUUACCCGUGCAGUGCCAGGCGAGGACCAAACCCGCACAGCAGCUGUGCCACGCCAAGGAGAGGACCGGUAGCCCCGGCAAGCAGUCGAGCUUUGUCGUGCAGCUCCAGAAACCGUCGGCGCCUGAGCGUGCCCCGCCGGAAAAGGAACCCGAGCGGGCUCGGGGAGGGAGCUGCGGGGAUCGGUACGAGACUCUGGACGCCAGGCACGCGACGUACCCGCGCAUUCGCUUGCAGAGGAGCACGUCCGCCUGCCUGCCCUGCCGGGCUCCGCCCGCGGGCAGGAGGUUCGUGAUCGAGGGCGGCGAGUGGAGCGGCGAGGGCACGAGCGCCGUGUGGGACGUGAGGAGGAGGGCCCGCGGGGAUCACGAGCACCCCGACCUCCACCGGAGUUGCUCCCUGGAGGGCUACCCCGGCGGCCCCGCCGUGUUUCGGAUUGAGCAGGACAUGCGUGCCGGCUCGCCGCACCUGCGCAUCCGACUGACGCGCAACGGGGAGGAGAGGGGUGCGUGCGAGCAGACGUGCCGAGACCCGUUUGAUGAGAUGAUACUUUUGUCAACCCGAAAUCGUGGCAAGACGAGAGAUGACUUCCUGGGCCAGGUGGAUGUCCCGCUCGGCCACCUCCCGACUGAGGACCCCACCAGGGAGAGACCGUACACCUUCAAGGACUUCCUGUUGCGGCCACGGAGUCAUAAAUCCCGGGUGAAGGGCUACCUGAGGCUCAAGAUGGCCUACUUGCCCCAGAAUGGCAUCAACGAGGAGACCCCCGAGCAGACUGAAGAAUCGGAGCAGCCCGGCUGGGAGGUGCUGGAGCACCCGGACGCCGCCGCCACCCAGCGAACGAACGAGCAGCAGCUACCGCCGCUGCCCGUCGACUGGGAGGAGAGGCAGGACAACCUGGGCCGCACGUACUUCGUGAACCACCGCACGCGCUCCACGCAGUGGGUCCGCCCCAGCACCGUAGAGGCGACGCCGGAGUCGGAGACGCACAUCCGGGAGAUCGACCAGCAGGCGCAGAACAUCUUCCGCUCGCGGCGGCAGAUCAGCGAGGACGUGGAAGCGACCGACUCGCGGGACAACUCCGAGCUGAACUGGGAGCUGCUGGAGCCGGUAGCGGAGAGCCAGCCGAGCACCGCACCGGAGCCGCCCGUCCCCCCAACGCCCCCGCCCGCGCCGUCUCCGGUGCCCUCGCCAGCCACCUCGCCCGCGCCCUCGCCGGUGCCCGCUUUGGCUACCCCACCCCCGCCCUCGGAGAGCCCUGAGCCAGAGCCGCCCUCGGCGGCGCUGUCCGACGAGCUGAACCGGCGGCUCGAGGCGGCCAGCGUGUCCGGCGAGGAGGCCUCGUCCUCGAUGUUGCUGAACGGACGGAUACGCUCAUCCAGUGUCACUAACCCAGAACCGCCACAGUCCAUCAUGAAACCACAGGCUAGGAGGAUACGGUCAUCCACCGUGACAAACGGUGAACUUGCUCACUUUCAGAGGGUGGUGGUGCCGCAGGCCUUCACCACCCCGGGGCUUCCACCGGGCUGGGAGGAGAGGAAGGACGAGAAGGGGCGUUCCUACUUCGUCAACCACAACAACCGCACCACCACGUGGACGAGGCCCAUCGUGCAGCAGGCCGACUACGCCACGCAGGGGGCCGCCACGGCGGGGGCCUCGGCCCCGGAGGGUCCCUCUGCGCCCAUCCGUCGACCCCGCAGCCUCAGCUCGCCCGCCAUCCAGGAGAACAUGCCGGACAUGCGAGGUGGCCGCAACGGGCCGCCGUCGUUUGCGCAGCCCCCCAUGGACUCGCCGCAGGCGUCUCCGUACGGCUCCCCCAAGCAGAAGCACAAGGGCUGCCCGGGCUUCAGCUUCCUGCCGGCCGGCUGGGAGAUGAGGUUCGCCCCCAACGGUCGCCCAUUCUUCAUCGACCACAACAACCGCACCACCACAUGGGAGGACCCACGCCUCAAAGUGCCCGUCCACAUGCGGAUGAGACCCAGUCUCGACCCAUCAGAACUGGGCCCUUUGCCGCCUGGCUGGGAGGAGCGUACGCACUCGGAUGGACGAACCUUCUACAUCGACCACAACACGAAGAACACGCAGUGGGAGGAUCCCCGGCUACAGAACCCAGCCAUCACCGGCCCGGCUGUUCCCUACUCAAGAGAUUACAAACAGAAAUACGACUUCUUCAGGAAGAAAUUAAAGAAGCCGGCCGACAUCCCCAACCGCUUCGAGAUGAAGCUGCACCGCGCCAGCAUCCUGGAGGACUCGUACCGGCGCAUCGUGGCGGUGAAGCGCGCCGACCUGCUCAAGGCGCGCCUGUGGAUCGAGUUCGAUGGCGAGAAGGGGCUGGACUACGGCGGCGUCGCCCGCGAGUGGUUCUUCCUCAUCUCCAAGGAGAUGUUCAACCCCUACUACGGCCUCUUCGAGUACUCGGCCACGGACAACUACACCCUGCAGAUCAACCCCAUCUCGGGCUUGUGCAACGAGGAGCACCUCUCUUACUUCACCUUCAUCGGGCGUGUGGCCGGCAUGGCGGUGUUCCACGGGAAGCUCCUCGACGGCUUUUUUAUCCGGCCCUUCUACAAGAUGAUGCUGCAGAAGCCCAUCACGCUCAACGACAUGGAGUCAGUGGACAGCGAGUACUACAACUCGCUCAUGUGGAUCCUGGAGAACGACCCCGCAGACCUCGACUUGCGCUUCUGCAUCGACGAGGAGAUGUUUGGCCAGACUCACCUGGUGGAGCUGAAGCCAAACGGUUCUGACAUUCUGGUGACCAAUGAAAACAAAAAGGAGUACAUUGAGUUGGUCAUCCAGUGGAGGUUUGUGGAACGAGUUCAAAAGCAAAUAAAUGCCUUCAUGGAGGGCUUCUCCGAGCUCAUUCCCAUGGACCUCAUCAAGAUUUUUGACGAAAAUGAGCUCGAGCUACUCAUGUGCGGGCUGGGCGACGUGGACGUCAACGACUGGAGGCAGCAUACCAUCUACAAGAACAGCUACUGUGCCAACCACCCCGUCAUCCAGUGGUUCUGGAAGGCUGUGCUGCUCAUGGACGGGGAGAAGCGAAUCCGCCUGUUGCAGUUUGUGACAGGGACGUCUCGAGUGCCCAUGAACGGCUUUGCGGAGCUCUACGGCUCCAACGGACCUCAGCUGUUCACCAUUGAAAUGUGGUCGACUUCAGAAAAGCUACCCCGAGCACACACAUGUUUUAACCGCUUGGAUUUGCCACCGUACGAGUCCUUCGAUGACCUUCGGGAGAAGCUGAACAUAGCCAUCGAGAAUGCGCAGGGCUUCGAGGGCGUCGACUAAACUGGUGCCUUCACAUCGAGACUGCCACCC